GCCUUGAAUCUCUCUCUCUCUCUCUCUCUCUAUGGAAGCGUCUCCAAGAAAACCAUCGGAGAAAAGCAGGAGCCGCGAGAAGCUGGUGGGGAGGGUAAUAUGGCCGGCAAUCCGAGGGCAAAAUUGUCCAAUAUGCUUGGGAGCCCUGGAACCUCGCAGCGCAGUGGUGCUCACGUCGUGUAACCACGCCUACUGCGUCCGAUGCAUUCGAAAAUGGAGCGGAUUGAGACGAAAAUGCCCUCUCUGCAACGCCGACUUCGAUUCUUGGUUCUCCCAUAUCAGCCUAUCUUCUCGAAGCUUCCACAGAGAGAUUUUGCCGCCUCUGGAUAGCACUUCUAGUUCUAGAAGCUUCAGACUUCAACAAGAAGAGCAUCCUUCAAGGCAUGUGAGAAAUAGUGAACGGAGGCGAUCAAGGCCUUUGCCAUGGCGGCGAUCGUUUGGACGGCCAGGAUCAGUCACUCCUGAUGUGAUUGCCGAAAGGAAGCUUCAAUGGCGUGUCAGCAGCGUAUAUGAAGGACGCUUGCAAGCUGUUCCUUCAGCUCCAAGAAGUCGUCUUCAAGUGAGUGUACCAAUAAAUGACGGUGUUAAAGAGAGAAUUUUGCAAAGAAUAGAACCAUGGAUUCGUAGGGAGCUGCAGGCUCUUCUCGGAGACCGAGAUCCAUCUAUUAUUGUUCAUGUGGCCACCUCACUCUUCAUUGCAAGCCUUGAAAAUGAGGGUCAUGUCCCUUCUGGACAGUGUGAUGUUCGAGAUGACUUCCUUGCACGGUUGCGCCCUUUUCUGCUUGAUCGAACUGAUAUGUUUUGGCACGAGCUAAGAUGUUUUGCCGAGAGUUCAUUUAACAUGGAAACCUAUGAUGCAGUGGUUGAGUAUAAAAGGCUCCGUCGAUUGUAGAGAAGAAACUUCAGACUAAUUUGUGACUUGCCUAUACGUAGGAAGAUAUGGUGGUCUCCUCAACGAGGAAGUUAGAGCGGCCAACUGCUUGAUUAAGUCAUGUGAUGCAUUUUCAGGGUCAUAAGAGAAAGUAAUGAGUAAAGCUUAACGAGGGCUUUAAUUUUUAACGGCAGCAAAAUUUGAAGUUGCCUUUAUGCCAAAAGCCAGUGGAAGGAUUCAAGAAGCAGGGCCUGAUUUCUUAUUAACUCACAAUCUCAUGUUAGCUGGAGUUGCUUGGUAGGUCAUUAUUGGUACAAUGAUUAGUGCUUCUGCUUGCCCUAGACCAACGAGAAGAUUACUCAAGGAGGCAUUUGAGUUACAUUACUUGGUCCUCAAAUGCGUUAGAAGAUUAGCGAGAUGCUGUUUCUGCAUAUGGGCAAGCAUGAAAUGGACUAGUUACAGAAUUGGCAUGUUUUGGGAUA